AGCCCUGCGCCCCCCUCCCCAAACUAUGGCUCCAACGCCGCUCGUCGGGAACCUCGCCCGAUCCGCUGCUCAGGAGCGGGCUGUAGUGCAGGAUGAGAGGUCCGCUGUGCUCCGCCGAGUGUGAGACUACGGGAGGAAACAUCACCUGACAGGCGGCCCUACCCCUCGGGAGGGAGGGGGGAGGACAGAAACGGACGGACACCCUCGCUCCUCUCCUCAAACCCUGGAAAGUGGAAGCUGGAAACGGCCCAGAUCCGCCGCGCGCAGCACACAGCGCGCCUCGUUUCCAGAACUCUCCUCAGUCUCUGCCGCCGAUCCACGAGAAGCCGCCGUAUUCCUGAUCAACUUGGGCAAACUUUGGCCCCCGGAUUACCGCCAACACCCGACGCGGGGAGCGCAGUGAGCAUCGUGCGCUCGUGCUGCGGGGAGCGGAGAACACAGCGUCGGAGCAGAUACCUUUAAAAGUCCUCCAAAGUCUCUCAAAGUCUCCGGGGGGACAGCCGCAGCGAAGAUGCCGGUCCGGAGGGGCCACGUGGCUCCGCAGAACACCUUCCUGGACACCAUCAUCAGGAAAUUCGACAGUCAGAGUCGCAAGUUCGUCAUCGCCAAUGCAAGAGUGGAGAACUGCGCCAUCAUCUUCUGCAAUGACGGCUUCUGCCACAUGUGUGGCUACUCGCGUGCCGAGAUCAUGCAGAAGCCGUGCACGUGCAACUUCCUGUACGGACCUGACACCAAGCGGCUGGCCAUCGCCCAGAUGGCGCAAGCCCUGCUGGGAGCGGAGGAGAGGAAAGUGGAGAUCAACCUGUACCGCAAAGAUGGUCAGUGCUUCCCGUGUAUGGUGGACGUGGUGCCGGUGAAGAACGAAGAUGGCGCGGUGAUCAUGUUCAUCCUCAACUUCGAGGGCAUGACAGAGGAAGUACUCCUGCACCACAAACAGGACCUCAACCACCGCCUGCCCGCCUGGCUCGUCACCGGUCGCCCACGAGGCUUCAAGCUGCGUCUUCCCCUCCUGCGCUCGCUGUCCAACAGCAAAGUGUCUCUGGACGACACGGAGGCCGCUCACAUCUCCACUGCCACACGUAUGCCGCUGCACCCAGACCACCGCAGUCACGAGUCCUUGGGCCUCGGGGAGUUACGGCCUCUUCCCCCUUUACCGCUAGACCACCAGGAGCAAAUCGUCAGCAGCAGGUCGGCCCUACAGAGUUGGCCAGAAGACCGCCAGGAGGACCAGUGCACCUUGCUGGGCCCCGACCCUCCUGCACCCACUCCUACUCCUCCUCCACCUCCCCCCAGAGCCCACCUGGUGGAUACCCUCACCCAGUCGUCCCCCUGCGUAGCGCCUCACCACCGUCUCAGCCUCAACCCGGACGCCUCGGGCUCCAACUCCUCCCUGUCGCGCAGCCGCUCGCGGGAGAGCUUCCACAGCAUGCGUCGUGCGUCCUCUGUAGACGAGAUCGAGGCCAUGAGGCCCAACAGGGACCGGAAGAACCACAGAGCGAGUGUCCGGCCGGGAUGCAGCGGCACCGGCGCGGUAAACAGCAAGUCCAACAUAUUGAACUCCACGUCGGACUCGGACCUCAUGCGGUACCGCACCAUCUCCAAAAUCCCUCAGAUCACCCUCAACUUUGUGGAUUUCAAACCGGACCAGCUCAUCGCCCUGCCCAGCGGGGAGAUGGACAUCAUAGCUCCCUGCAAACUCAUCGACCGGACGCACCACGUCACAGAGAAAGUCACACAGGUGCUGUCUCUGGGCGCAGAUGUGUUGCCAGAGUACAAGCUCCAGGCCCCUCGCAUCCACAAGUGGACGGUGUUGCACUACAGCCCCUUCAAGGCGGUGUGGGACUGGCUCAUCCUGCUGCUGGUCAUCUACACCGCCAUCCUGACUCCCUACUCGGCCGCGUUCCUCCUCAACGACCAGGAAGAGGUAGCCAUGCACAGUUGUGGUUACUCCUGCUCUCCUCUCAAUGUGGUGGACCUCAUAGUGGAUAUCAUGUUCAUUAUUGACAUCCUCAUCAACUUCAGGACAACAUAUGUGAACAUUAACGACGAGGUGGUGAGCCACCCGGUGCGCAUCGCCGUCCACUACUUCAAGGGCUGGUUCCUCAUCGACAUGGUGGCUGCUAUUCCCUUUGACCUGCUGAUCUACCGCAACGGAGAGGAGACCACCACUCUGAUUGGUCUGCUGAAGACGGCUCGUCUCCUGCGCCUGGUGCGCGUGGCCAGGAAGCUGGACCGCUACUCGGAGUACGGCGCGGCCGUCCUCUUCCUCCUCAUGUGCACCUUCGCCCUCAUCGCUCACUGGCUGGCCUGCAUCUGGUAUGCCAUCGGUAGCGUGGAGAGGAACGGUGCCAUUGGCUGGCUCCACACACUGGGGGACCAGUUGGGAAAGACCUACAACAGCUCCAUCAUAGGUUCGGGACCCUCCAUCAAAGACAAGUACGUCACCGCCCUGUACUUCACCUUCAGCAGCCUGACCAGCGUGGGCUUUGGAAACGUUUCCCCCAACACCAACUCUGAGAAGAUCUUCUCCAUCUGUGUCAUGCUCAUAGGAUCCCUGAUGUACGCCAGCAUCUUCGGGAACGUGUCCGCCAUCAUCCAGCGGCUGUACUCGGGCACGGCCCGCUACCACACACAGAUGCUCAGAGUCCGGGAGUUCAUCCGCUUCCACCAGAUCCCCAACCCGCUCAGGCAGAGGCUGGAGGAGUACUUCCAGCACGCCUGGUCCUACACCAACGGCAUCGACAUGAACGCCGUGCUGAAAGGUUUCCCAGAGUGUCUCCAGGCGGAUAUCUGCCUCCACCUGAACCGGACCUUGCUGCAGAACUGCAAGGCCUUUAAAGGCUCCACCAAGGGCUGCCUCAGGGCGCUGGCCAUGAAGUUCAAGACCACCCACGCACCGCCGGGGGACACGCUGGUCCACGCUGGGGACGUCCUCACGGCCCUCUACUUCAUAUCCAGGGGGUCCAUAGAGAUACUGAGAGGAGACGUGGUGGUAGCCAUCUUGGGGAAGAACGACAUCUUCGGCGAGCCCAUCAACCUGUACACCCGGCCGGGUAAAUCCAAUGCCGACGUGAGGGCUCUGACCUACUGCGACCUUCAUAAGAUCUUCAGAGAAGAUGUUCUGGAGGUGCUGGACAUGUAUCCGGAGUUCGCAGACCACUUCUGGAACAACCUGGAAAUCACCUUCAACCUCCGAGAUACCAACAUGAUCCCAGGCUCUCCGAGCAGCGAUGACUCCAACUGCGGGGGUUUCAACAAGUUACGCAGACGCAAGUUAUCUUUCCGAAGACGUACAGAAAAAGAUGAAGCAGACGCCGGAGAAAUCAAAAAGUCCCAUAAGUCUGUGAGACGGAGACAGAGGGAAACACCCAACAACCAAAGCCAGGAGGGGGCACCUAAGCGGCAGUGGCAGGCACACCGAAGCUCGGUGUCUUUGCACUCCAGCGGCGACGAGGGGGGGGAGUCCAUUAUGAACAGACUCGCUCCUCCGCCGGCGAUGCUGGAGAAUCCGCAUGCUAAGUCCAGCAGCUUCAGCGAGAACACCGAGGCCGACGGAGAUCCCGAGACUGGGAACACCUGCAACGCUCUGUCGGGUGCGUUCUCGGGCGUGUCCCAUAUCUUCAGUUUCUGGGGGGAGAGUCGAGGGGGUGGUCAGUACCAGGAGGUUCCCAGCUGCAGCCUGGCCUCCCCCCCACCCCUCAACACGCCGCUGCACAGCCUGAGCCGGCAGCAACGCAGCCAGCUGGACACACGCCUGGACCUGCUGCAGAAACAGCUCAGCAGGCUGGAGAGUCGCAUGUCGACGGACAUCGGAGCCAUCAUGCAGCUGCUGCAGAGACAGAUGGCCCUGGUUCCUCCCGCCUACAGCGCCGUCUCAUCGCCGCCUCAGGUCUCACCUCACCCUGGUCCCGGCCCAGGACCCGGUCCAGGAGAGAGACUGGUCCAGCCUAUUACACCUCUGGAGACAGACACCCUGGCCUCCCUCUCACAGAUCUUGGAUUCGCAGCACUUCGAGGAGUUCCCAGCCAAGCCCCUCGACACCCUGCAGCCCCAGGACGCCCCGCUGAUCAACCCCAACCGGGGCCAGCUCGCUCCCCCCGGACUGGACAGCCUGGGGCAGCACCUGGAGCUGGGACUGGGCACAGGGCCUGGGGUCAUCUCCGGGCCAGCCGUAGGUUCAUGUGUCGGGGUAGAUUUAGCAGCGGGGUCCAGCUCAGGAGUAGGGUUAGACUUUGGUUCGGGGGACUGUAUGGGCGCUGGGGUCGGGCCGGCAGCUGGAACGGGGCUGUCUUCCCUGGAUCCUGAAACCCAAAGGAGGCUGUCCCUCCAAGAACCACAGACCCCUCUGGACUCACGGACACCACAGCGACACAGCUCUGACCCAGGGGGGAGCUAAGGAAGAGGGGAAGGGGGGGGAGAGGGAUGGAAGGAGGGUUACAGAGAGAGAACGAGAGUCCCUUCCUGUUUCUACCGUUUGGAGAUCGAAAGGCAACUACUGUACCUACCACCAAAACCCUUCAGGGCACCCAUCUACUGUACCUUCACCGCUGAUUCACCUCCGACCUUCUAAGAGAGGACACUCAACUCAGAAAGAGUGAAGCCAGGUGGAGAGGUUGAGGCUUCUCUCUCUCUCUGUCUCUCUCUCUCUCUCCCACAAGUCCCCCUCCAUCCCCCCAUCGUGGAACUUUCUGAACUCCACAGCGGUACAACCUUUAACCAAAACUACCAACAGAGCAGAGAGGAGCUCUGUCACUUUAUGAACACGGUCCGCCUCUCUGUCGACCUGCUGAAGGAUGACACAUAACACACACAGAUGACUGCUGUCCUGUAGGAGAAUCCCUUUACUGCUGAGUCCAGCGUCGGACGACCGACGAGACCAAGACAACGACGAAACGAGUAGCCAUUUACGUCUUGCACUGAGAAUCCUAUCGAGAUCAUGACUAUUCUAUCCUAUAUGUCCGUGGCGCUUCCGAAAAACUCGCAAACCGGUUGGUGAAUUGUAGUGUUAGCUGGUCUAACAGGAAACCUGCUGUCCCGUUCUGUUAUUGGUCCCCCCGCCCCCUCCUCCGCCCCCUCGUCCCAAGAGCACACUGGAUUGGCUGGUUUGCACCUCAGGGGUGGGAACUGGAGGGUUAAAAGCCAUGAUUUUUUCUCGGUGAACAUACCAGCUACCCUACCACAAACAUUGUACAGAUUUGCUCGAGAGCGAAGAACAUGCGUCAUGCUCAGGCAGUGUCGCUAACAGGUAAACUGGCAAACCUACGAGUUUACCGUGAGGACAGUGCACCAAAAAAACAGCAAACUAUAAAUACUUAAACAAGCAGGAAACCCACGUUUACUAAAACCACAAGCUAUGACCUUGUAGAGAACGUAUGCCGAUGACAUGACACUGGCCUGCUGUCAUUUCUAUAAAUCUAAGCACAUGCAUGAAGGAAAGAGUGAUUGAUGGGGAACCUAGUUUAUCACAGUUGGAUUUGCUACCUCAGAUUUCAUUGGUCCUUACUUGUUCUUCACCUGAGCAAGCGCCCAGAAUGCUUUCACCUUCUACAUAAACCGGUUUUGUCUUGCGAUUCCGUAAAUAGAACAAGCUCGCCAGUUUACGAUGACCAGCCCAAUGCGCCAUCAUUCUGUGUACAGUGCAAUAUGCAAUCAGCAAGAAGAGAUGUGUGAGUGCGCCUUAAUCUCAUUAUGUGUUCAGGUCUGAACCUGUUUUCAGUUAGUUUCUGCAGAGACUGGCGUAGAGUGCGUUUGCUUCCACUAGCUGUAGAAAGUCACUGGCUUCUAACGUGGAGGACACAUGUGGACUGGUUUUAGUGGUUUAAAAGAUCGUUUUGAAUCUAGUCAGCACAAAUAAAAACCCUUUACUGUACAAUGUAGGUUUUAAACCCAAGAGCUCUCAAUGCUACAGCAGUAGUGAUCCCAGGAGGAAGAGAACGUACCUCAGCACCACUGUUUUUGAGGAUACUUUACAUUAACUGUCAUCACCUCCCAUUUUAAAGUACUCGGAUCCUCAUCUGAUCCCUGUCGUGUCAUGGUGUUAGCAGGCCGUUAACACGCGUCUUUGAGGUGCGAAGAUGCAGCAUAUGUACACAUACUGGCAAAACAAAAGAUGCACCAAUCGGUUUGCAAUGAAAGCUAACAGAAGCUAGUUCUAGUCCUUUGUGUUGGGAUGGAUUCCUCUAUCACUCUGCUCUGUUACCAGCAUCCGUGAUCUUUCCUCUGCCUACAUCAUAUUGUAUCACUAGAGUGGAAGGUUGUGCGUCAUGGAAGCGGUGCACAAGAUAAAUCCAGCUACAACAUGAAAAGUUCAUGAUGAAUGAUCUGGUCUCAGUGAGCAGGAUGAAGGCGGGUUCCUUCUCAGUGAAGCAGCAUCAAGACGAAGGUAUUCUUUGCAUACUAAGAAUAUCUGUAUAUGAAACAAAAGUCCUGGAACUAAGUUCUGAUCUUAAGUUUGAAAAUGUAUCUUCUAAUAGUCAGUAGUGUUACACUUUGCAAAGUGUAUGUCCAUCACAUACACCCCCCCCCUCCCCAGUUAAAUCUCUCUUUAUAUCUAUCAAUGGAAUAAAUAGCAAUAUAAUUUGCAGGCAAAGAUGUACGAAAUGACCAAGAGCAGGUGCAAUGAUAAAAACCUAAUAUCUUCAAUAACUAGCCUAUGACAUCUUUGAAUUGUCUUCCCUGACACAGAAUGAUCCGGGCAGAGCCCCGACAGAGGAGGGGAGCCUGUUGAAGAAGUGCAAUAGUCCUUUAAACAGUUAAGACUUGUAGCAACUUAACUGCAACCCGCUAAUGUUCAGCACUUUAUCUCCUAAACAGGGCCGAUGCUUAAUGAAGACUCAGGAACGUUUCAGUGAUGUUAGAGGGGUCCCUUUUCCUUUGUCCCACACCUCCAAACCAACCAAUCAGAAGGGAGGAGAGCUCAACUCCGUUCAGAGCUCCCCUUUAACGCAGACUUGUGAAGAUUGUAUUUGGCCGCUCGCUGGUCUAAGCUGUUGUGUUUAUUUAUUGUGGGAUUAUUUCUCUCUGCCUGUGUUUUUUAUCACUUUGUCUUGGGGUAAGGAGAGGGCUGUCUGUGUAAACACGUUGCUCCCCAUUCUCAAUCGUUACUAUUUUAUUUAUUAUUAUGAAUUAUUCUAUACUGAUCCAGUUCCAGUCAAUACCCAGUGACUCUAGAGUUCCCACCACUUCUUCACCAGUCAAUCUUUAUUUUUCCAGUGUAGUGCUGAGGCUGUGAUUUUUCACUCGGCAUCACGCGCGCUGUAGCGGGAGCUUAGCUAGCGUUGAAUAACGUCACCUCGUGGCCUGAACCGUCUCUUCACGCUUAGGACGACGACCUCAAAGAAGUUACUGAAGGUGGUUGUUGUUGACUCUUCUUCCUCGCGGUGACGGUAGACCUUAGUGGGAUAUUCAAUGCUACAGAAUACAUUCAUGUAAUGCAUACUGCAUAUUAUAAGGGUAGAGGGUGCACUUUGGGACUGGGGGGGGGUGUUUGUUGGAUGGGAAUAAGGAGUGUUUUUUUUCCUCUUUUUGCAUUUGAACACACAGAUAUAAUAACCCAGCAUACACACACACACACACACACCUUCCUUAAUGGCUCUUCCAUACCGCUGAGCUUUUUUUCAGCUGCGUUCAUCUUUCUAUGAGUUCUUGACAGACUUGCGUCCUGUCUCUGUAGAUACUUUGAGCACCUGGGGAGGGGGGGUUUGGUACCGUUCACACUGGAUCCGCUCUGCCUACUCCUCGCCUGUACAUACCAACUUCCACUACUUGUAAAGGAAUCAAAGUCUUUGGCACUCGUAUAGCCAGCACUAUGCAGAAACUGAAAACAAGUCUUUGGCAUGCUUUGAGAUGCAGAAUACUAUAGAGGAAAAUAUACUAAAUAAAUAAAGUCUGCUCGAAUUUCUUAUUAAAAUAA